AUGAUUUUAAGUUGGUUACUUCAGUUGUUAACAGCUUGUCUUCUAGGUGUAGCCUAUGGUGAUUCUCAAGAGGCUGCUAAAAUUGCAAGAAGAAUGGUUGAUAGUGAAUCUACACUUCAUUUCAAUACUUUAAACCCUGAUGGUACUCCAGUAUCCUUUAUUGAAUACUACAUAUCCUCAGAUUCAUGUCCUGAUCUUCAAGAGGUUAGUAAUAAUGGUAACCCCAUAUUGUUUCUAUCUACAAUGAGCACUUCCUACAAGAACUGGUAUCAAAGGGGCUCCAUGUCAUUAGCGGUAGAACGUUAUGGGAAACGUCGUUUCGAGAAUGCAUUCAAUCAACCAAGAGCUAAUUUGUACGGUCAUCUUCGUAAUCUAACUCUAUCGGAUGAGGAUCAAGAUAAACUGAUUCGUUGCUUCAUUAGAAAGCACCCUGAUGCUCAUCGCUGGUUGCCAGGAGACAAACAUCCUAUUAUUCAUGACACCAUAUGGGUAGAAUUUGACGUGGAGAGUCUAUAUUUCAUUGGAGGCUUUGGAGACAGAUCCUAUAUUGGCACUCUUACUGGUGAUGAAUAUCAUCGUGGUAUUGGUAAACUGUAUGCAGAUCAUGGUCAUCGUGAUCGUGUAAUGGAUUCUAAUGAGUGUGAAAAGUCCCUUUGGAAUCAAUUUACAAGGUUUAUCAAAACUUUAAUGAUAAGGUACUAA